AUGGGCCAGGCGGGCUCCGGUGCCAGCGCCGCCAGCGCCGCCAGCGCGGAGCUGCUGACGCUGGGAGGCUGCCUCGAGAAGCUGGGUGAUGACGAGCUGCUCCGGGCCGCCUUCGCCUUCCUGCACUCGCGGCCGAGCUUGCUGGAACGCGUCCGGGCGCGGUUCUCGGCGCCGCUGGACUUCGAGGAUCCAGGGCCUGUGACGCCCGGAUCGCUGGCGACGGGGACGGGUGGCAUUACGAUCCUCGCAGAAAGUGAGUGGAGCCCUCCGCGGCUCCACUGUAGUGAGGUGAAGCCAGGCCAGCCUCUUGCCUGGACCUCGCUCCCAGGCCUCGCUAUGGCUGCCAGUCGAAUCGAGGGCUUCCCUGGAUUCUGGGCCCUGCGCUUUCCGGGUGCCCGGAAGCUGGAGUUCCUCUUGAACGAUGGCUACAACAACUGGCAGAAGAACGGUGGUGCGAACUUUGUGGCCGACGGGCCGGGGCUCUUUCUGCUGCGCGACAGCAAACUGCGGCGCUGGGCCGAAGGAGCGGCGGCCACGCCCCAGCAAAUGGAGGCAGCUCCGGAACUAACUGGGGACGCCUUGGAGAUGGCCAAGGAGGGGGGCAUCGUGUUCCUGUUUCAGAGCCGGUGGGCCAAGCCGCGUUUGCACUACCGCCUCAGUGAGGCUGAGCCUUGGACCAGCCCGCCUGGCGAGGCGAUGGAGCCCAGCGGACUUCGCGGAUUUCCGCACCGCGACGGCUGGUGGGCGCUCCGCCUGCCGACCGCUCAGGCUCUGGAGUGCGUGCCAAAUGAUGGAGGAUCUCAGUGGCACAAGGUUCGUGGUGGGAACUGUCACCUACCCGGUCCUGGCGCUUGGACGCUGAUGGGAGAAAAUCUACAGAAGCUCGGGCAAGCCCAGGCAGAAGUUACCGCUCGGCCUCAGGCGGCUGCGUCGCCUCCCCCCGCGGUGAACGUGCCGGUCUCGGACUCUGCGCCACCAGUGACUCUGGAACCUGCCUCCGAAGGGCUGAGGCUGUUGGAGAUGUUGGAGGGAAAGAACGUGGUGCUGCUCUAUCGCAGUGCCUGGGCCAGCCCACACCUUCAUUGCAGGGAGCUGACGGCGGAGGGCACGGCCGGUGCCUGGUCCCAGCUGCCAGGCCUCUCCUUCGCAGCGUCGGCAGCCGCCGAGGACUUGGAAGGUGCAGGGGAACUCUUCGUGGCGCGGCUGCCUGCCAAGGUUCGAGGCCUGGAGUUCGUGCUGAACGACGGCGGCCCCCACUACCGCUGGGACAAGGCGGCCGGCGGCGGGAACUUCCGCAUUCCGCCGAUGUCCGAGGGUGUCUGGCUGGUGAGCGGCGGCCGCCUGGAAAAGCUCCAGCCGCCGCCCUCGCCCUCCGAUGCGCCCGCCGUGACGGCGGUGACUCGGACCUCCGUGGCGCUCUCCUGGCGACCGGCGGCUUCCAGCGUGAAAGGCUACCGGCUCUUCCGGAACGGGAAGCAGGUUGCCUCGCUGGCCUCUGCAGUCCUGCAGUAUACCGACGCUGGCCUGAUGGCAGCCCACGAGUAUACCUACGCCCUUGCAGCAGUGAGCACGCAAGGGGCUCUGGGCAGUGCGAGCCCAACCGCUUGUGCCACGACGGAGGCGGCAGGCCCUCCGGGAAAGGUGGGCUCUCUGCGGGUCGCAGCCGCCAGUGGCCGCGGUAUCUCGCUGGAGUGGACCGCGCCAGAGGACACCGGUGGCGCCCCGGUGACAGCCUACCUCGUCCAGCGCUCCGACAAGGAGGCACCGACAACGCUGCUGGCUUCACAGCUGGCUGGGGAGAAGCGCGAGAAGUUUGCCUGGACCGACAAGGACAUAGUGCGCGGGAGCAGCUACGGUUACACGGUUUCGGCUGCCCAUCUGCCGCCGCUUGCAGAGAAGGAGCUGCGGGAGGCCGUGCUCUUGGAGCGGCAGGCCAGCAUUCCACCGGAGGAAGACCAUUUCCCAGAAGUGGCAGAGGAGUUCAAUGUGGGUGCAGCAACGGGGCCAGUGGAGACUACGGCUGUGGAUGCGCUGGAGGUGGGACCUUGCCACGAGAGCUUGCGAGAGCAUCUGGCAGAGGUGCAGGGCAAGAAGAUGGGCGUCACCGUCUUUUACAAGUCCUGCUGGGGCCGUACCUAUGCACACUGCUGUGCUCAGGAGGACCGCUGGAGCGAGUUGCCCGGCGUGGCCUUGGAAGCGAGCCCAUGCCACGCCUUCAGCCAGGCCGAGGACUGGCUGGUGCUGUGCCUCCCGUACGCGCGCAGCCUGGAGCUCGUGAUGAACGAUGGCGGACGUGGCUGGGACAAGGCUCCCGGCGGCAAGAACUACAAGGUGAUGACGCCCGGCGUCUUCGUGUUGACCCACGGGCACCUGGACCCCGUGGCCUUGCCGCCCCAGAAGCCACAGAACCUCACCGCAGAGGCGGUGGACGGCUCGCGGGUGCAGCUGCUCUGGGAGCCGCCGGCGCUGGCGGACGGGGAAGCGCCGGUGAAGAGCUACCGCAUCUUCCGCAACGGUCGCCUCAUCGGCCAGACCGAGACCACGUCCUGCUAUUUCCUCGACAUCAACCUCUUUGCAUUCACCGACUACGAGUACUCUGUCGCUGCUGUCAACGGCCAGGACGUCGCUGGGCCACUGAGCGAUGCGGCUAGCGUGAAGACCAAGCUGCCGGGGCUGCCCACCGCACCCAGGAACCUGCGCGCCAACACCCGGAAGGAGCACGGGAACCUCGUGGUCUCCUUGGAGUGGGAGCCGCCCGCGGACUGUGGAGGGGCACCCGUGGCCUCUUACGAGAUCCUUCGAGACGGGAGCGUCAUCGACAUCUACGAGGUGCCGAAUGCCCGCAUCCGCAGCGAGGCGGAAGCCGCGAAGCCGCUGGACCCGGAGGCCGCUGCCGCACGACGCUGGGUGCGCUCGACGUGCUCCUACUCCAACCUGAGCUGGUUCAAGGAUGGAAUGGCCUGGACGGACACCGGCGUGCAGCUUGGCGAGUGCUACUCCUACCAGGUGCGGGCAGUGCAGCUGGGCCCAGAGCGUGCCACACAACUCAAGGAGGGCGGUGUGGUCCAGCGCUGUGGCUCGCAGUUCCUGGACAACGUUCUCCCGGACGUGAUUGGCCCUGCAAGUGAACCGGCGCAGGUUCGUGCAACGGCCUUCCUGGACCCACCGAAGCUGGGGGAGCAGAGGUGCAUCAUCAUGUUCCAGGCCUUCGAUUGGGGAAGCCACAAGGCUCCGUCGUGGUACAAGGUGCUGCUCGGCCUGCUGCCAGAGCUGCGCAGUGCAGGUAUCAACAUGUGCUGGCUCCCGCCGCCCUCCGACUCCGUGGAUGACCACGGCUACUUGCCCAGGAAAUGGUACGUCUUGGACAACAACUACGGCACUGCCGAGGAGCUGCAGCACCUAAUCGGCAGCAUGCACGAGCAGGAGAUCUGGCCCGUCCUGGACGUCGUUGUGAACCACCGCUGUGCCUCAUUGCAGGACUCGGCGGGGCGCUGGCUGAAGUUCGAGGAGCCGGACUGGGAGGGCUGGGCCGUGUGCUGCAACUCGCCGGCUGUGCCCGGGGGCAGCGGCGCCCACACCACGGGCGAGCCGGCCGCGUACGCACCCAGCGUGGACCACUCCAAUCCUCGCAUCCGCUCCGACGUGAACGAGUACAUCCGCUACUUGAUGGACGAGAUCGGCUUCCGCGCGCUGCGCUUCGACUUCGUCAAGGGCUAUGCGCCUCGCUUCCAGACGGACUACGUCAAGGCAGCGGGCGAGCCCUUUGCCGUUGCCGAGAACUGGAACGGCGACGUGAAUGGGCUGCACGACUAUGUUCGAGAAUGUCAAGGCAAGAUGGCUGUCUACGACUUCCCGUUGUACUACGUCCUGAAGCGCUGCAUUCACAGCAACAACUUCGAGGAGCUGAACUGCGGCGGGCGCCUCGCCGGCAUCGCGGGCCGGGACCCCGCGCGCUCCUGUACCUUCAUCGACAACCACGACACCUACCAGCUUGCCAUUGUCGGGGGCUGUUUCGGCAACAACGACCAGGUGCUGCGGGCCUAUGCCCUGAUCUUGACGCACCCGGGCACGCCCUGCGUCUUCCACUGGGAUUACGUCCGGGCACCCUAUGUCCGCGAGAAGCUGCUGGAACUCUGUGCUGUUCGCAGAGAUGCGAACGUACAUUCCACGUCCCAGCUGCACAUCCACUGUGCAGCUCAUGGGCUUUACGCUGCCACCAUUGGCGGAAAUGUCGCGAUAAAGAUCGGGACCAAUGAUUGGAGCCCUGGUGGUGGAUGGAAGGUCGGCUGCUUCGGAACGGAGUUUUGCGUAUGGACCAAAGGUUGA